AUGCCGCCCUCCAUAUCGACCGACGGGCCCAGGAGGCUGUUCCAGAACCCGUACCUGCGCCUCAUCGGCCAGGGCAAUGCUGCCGUCUCCGUCUUCCUCGUCCUCCUGGGCUUCGUCAACUCCCUCAAGACGAUCCAGCUGAUCCGCUCCGGCUGCCAUCAGGAUGCCCUCUCUACCCUGUCGGUUGGCGCAUUCAGACGAACGGGCCGUCUCAUGCUCCCGGCCACUGCGGCAACGCUCGUUUCCUUCUCCCUGUGCAAUCUCGGCCUCUACGGGCUUGCGAGGAGCUCGGAUGCCUACUGGACCAUGACCACCGCCGCCGCCCCGAGCCCGACGAUACUAGAGGGCAUCAAGAGCGUGGCCUGGGAGAUGAUUGCCGUCUGGAUCGUGGGAGAAAACAGGUACGAUCAGCCGCAGUGGGCGCUGGCGCAUCUGUUCAAGGGCUCGUUCUUCAUCUACAUGCCUCAGUUUCGCCCUCUACCUCCUCACGGCAUGCUCAUGCGUACCGUCCUCGUCUGGCUCGUCUUUGGACCCAACUACCUCCUCGGCAUCACCAAGCCAGGCAAACUCGCAGACGGAACAGACGGCCAAGUCGUGCCCCAGCCAGGCGACCUGAUCAUCGCAUGCUUGCUGCCCGUCUUCUUCGCCAUCCUGCUCUUCGUAUGCUCUCUCUGGAACCGCUUCGUCGAGCCAUACUUUGGCUACGCAACCGCUAGUCUCGAGUCAUUCGCCAAAUCGUUCUGUCGGAACCAGUGGCCCUUUAACUCGCUCAAUUCAAUGCCGAAUGGCGAGAAAUCCAUCCUGCCCACUACUCGCAGGGAUUGA